UCUUUGAUGUGUUGAGGAGUGUCUGCACACAGUUUGUGUACAAAGAUGACCUUGGGUCAUUUUGACCCAGACAUAAAGUAGCCCUUUAAAUACAAAAUUAGCAUGCCUCUUUGAUGUGAUUUGUGUUGAUUGGCUCAGAAUAGCUAUUGAGAACCAGGUGUGUCUGGAGGAGGGACUUUCCCUUCCCUCUCCUUGUCACUUUUACAUGCCCUUUCUGUGAGAGACACAUCCAAAAUGAGCUCCAGAAGAUUUGCAGCUGAAGAAGCUUCAUUGCAGAUUUUGAAUUGGGAUAGCGAUGUCGACGAAGAAAUUUCAGAGACGGAAGAUCCUUCAGAGCCAGAGGACAAUGCCGUUGAUGAUCCAGAUUGUCAUUUUUCCCAAGAUGAGGAGGAUUCAGAGGAUGAUUCUUCAUCAGAUGAAAAUCAAGAAACGCAACAAUCCUCAUCCACAGAGGGGACGUGGACAUCUAAAGACGGUAAGAUAAGAUGGUCAUCAUCAUCACCACACCAAAGCCAAGGCAGAUUGUCGUCUUCUAAUGUCAUCAAAAUGACUCCUGGUCCAACAAGAUUUGCCGUCACGAGAAUUAAUGACAUUGAGUCAGCAUUUCAGCUUUUCAUAUCCCCACCCAUAGAGAAGAUAAUUCUUGAGAUGACCAACUUGGAGGGGAGACGUGUCUUUCAAGAAAAAUGGAAACCACUGGAUCCAACUGGCUUGCAUGCCUACAUCGGAAUUCUGUUGUUAGCUGGAGUAUACAGGUCGAAGGGUGAAGCAACUGCAAGUUUGUGGAAUGAAGAGAAUGGAAGACCGUUCUUCCGAGCAACAAUGUCUUUGGAGACAUUUCACAUGAUCUCUCGUGUCAUACGAUUUGACAACCGUGACACCAGAGCUGGUCGACGCGAGAGAGACAAACUUGCAGCAAUCAGAGAUGUCUGGGAUAAAUGGGUCGAAAUCCUGCCUUUGUUGUAUAAUCCUGGACCCCAUGUUACUGUCGACGAGCGCCUCAUUCCCUUCAGAGGACGCUGUCCAUUUCGACAGUAUAUGCCAAAGAAGCCUGCAAAAUAUGGGAUCAAAAUAUGGGCAGCCUGUGAUGCAAAAUCAAGUUAUGCAUGGAACAUGCAAGUAUAUACUGGAAAGCCAGCUGGUGGAGCACCUGAGAAGAAUCAGGGAAUGCGGGUGGUGUUGGAGAUGACUGAAGGGCUGCAAGGUCAUAACAUCACGUGCGACAACUUUUUCACAUCGUACCGUCUUGGAGAUGAACUUCAGAAGAGAAAGCUGACUAUGUUGGGAACAGUCAGAAAAAAUAAACCAGAACUUCCCAGUGAGCUUCUGAUGAUGGAAGGAAGACGUCCGCAUUCCUCCAAAUUUGCUUUCACUGAGAAAACAACACUUGUUUCUUACUGCCCAAAGAGAAACAAAAAUGUUCUUGUGAUGAGCACAAUGCACAAAGAUGCAUCUCUGAGCACAAGAGAGGACAUGAAGCCACAAAUGAUCCUGGAUUACAACUCCACCAAAGGAGGAGUUGAUAAUCUUGACAAAGUCACAGCGACUUAUAGUUGCCAGCGCAAGACUACCUAUUGGCCCUUUGUGAUUUUCUGCAACAUUGUGGAUGUGUCUGCCUACAAUGCCUAUGUCCUGUGGAUUGAGAUCAACCAGCAGUGGAAUGCCAGCAAACUGCACCGACGUCGACUUUUCCUGGAAGAACUGGGCAAAGCACUCGUCACUCCCUACAUCCAGAACCGAGUCAGGCCAGUUCGGUCCUUGGCAGCCGCAGCCAUCAUCGCAAAAAUCCAGGGCAGGGCAUCUGACCAACCUACAAUGGAAGCUUUCGAUACAGGUGCAAAAAAACGCAAAAGAUGCCAAGUCUGUUCCUCCCAAGAUGACAGUAAAACAAGCACCUCUUGUGUGAGAUGCAGGAAGUACAUUUGCAGAAAGCACACUGUCACAUUCUGUCCAUCAUGUGGGGAACACUGAAAAUGUUGGACAUUGACAGAGAAAAUGAGGCAAGGCCAAUGAAAAGCAAUGAUCAUGAAGAGUGAAAAUUUGAAAUAAGCAGUUCAAUGAUAUAGUGUUCAAGUUGUGUAUCUGUUCUUCUCAUCUCUCAUAAGUGUGUAUGUAAUC